AUGUCCACCACCCCCCCGUUGAUGCCCGAGCUGCCCGUGCUCAACAACGACGCCUCCAUGCUCACCAAGCGCUUCGGCAAGGAGGUCAUAAACUACUACGCCGGCAGCCGCCUCAACCGCUACUCAUUCCUGCGCUCCGACUCGCUCCUCCUGCGCGCCGCCGUCGCCAGCCCCUCGGCCCGCUUCCUGGCCCUGCAUAAUCUCGCGCCCCUCGUCGCUGACAAGCGCACCCUCGCCCUCCUCACCUACGACGACGUCAAGCCCCUGAUAGGCACAGAUCUCUACAGCGUAAGCGAUGCGGACGCCAUAAAGCAGUUUGACUCGGCCGUGAGGCGGCCACAGGUCAUCUUCCUCGGCACCCUCGAGAGCGGCGACCAGGAUCCCGAGUUUGAGACGGAGAAGCACGGCGGCGUCAGGGGCCAGCCUUUCUUCGCGGUUGAUGUGACUCCCAAGGGGGACUACGCCGACGCCGCGACGGCGCUCCUGAAGCAGCAGGAGGAAAAGGGCAUGAAGCUGCAAACCGAUUCGCGCAGCAUGACGCUACACGCAGAGGCCGCUUCCAUGUACGCCCAGGCGAGAUCCAUGAUGGACUGGAACGCCCGCCAUCCCUUCUGCGCCGGCUGCGGUACCCCCAACCUGUCCAUCGAGGCCGGCUACAAGCGCACCUGCCCGCCCUCCGAUCUCAGGGGCACCUCCGAGGCCCACGCCCGCGAGGACUGCCCGACCCGCCACGGCGUGUCCAACGUUUGCUUCCCGCGCUCCGACCCGACCAUGAUCGCCGCCGUUGUGUCCGCCGACGGCCAGCGCAUCCUGCUCGGCCGCCAGUCCCGUUACCCGCCGCACUGGUACAGCACCCUCGCCGGCUUCCUCGAGCCCGGCGAGUCCGUCGAGGAGGCCGUCCGCCGCGAGGUCUGGGAAGAGGCCGGCGUGCGCGUCGGCAGGGUCGUCAUCCACUCAACCCAGCCCUGGCCGUAUCCCUCCACGCUCAUGCUCGGCGCCAUCGCCCAGGCGCUGCCGGGCCAGGAGGAGAUCUCCCGCAACGAUCAGGAGCUGGAGGACGCGAGGUGGUUUACUGUGGAAGAGGUGCGCGACGCACUCAGCAAGGGAACAAGCGCUCUGAGCGGCCCGACGCCGGAGGGAUACAAGGAGGGCAGCCUGCGAGUCCCGCCGCCUCAAGCCAUUGCCAACCGUCUCAUGACCGCCGUGGUUGAGGGUUACGUAUCAGGCACGCCCAAGAUAUAG